GGGCUGUAGUCAAGAGAAAGUGUUACCUAGCAACUUUGACAGCAUGAGGAACAAAGUAGGCAGAGCUCUGUUAUGUACCGAAGUGAGAUUAUUCUGCAAUCUGCAGCCUUUCGCCAGACAGUGAAGAAAAUAGGCACCUCACCCCAAAUGGCUGUGACAACAAUUUAAAUGAACCAAGGACGUGUACUGAAGGGGAAAUGGAGAAGAUGAAAAGCACAGGGACUGCUCCCUUUAAAGGCAAAGAUAUCACAGCAUUAGCUGGGAAGCUUAAACAGAUGGCUCUGAACACCCCACUCCAGUUCAGCAUUCAGGCCUUAAGACCUCAUUCAAAGAGUGCUGCUCGGUUUGGCAGCCUCAGCCAUCAUUCUUUCUUCUCACGCCACAACCCCCACCCUCAACGAGUGACUCAUAUCCAAGGUCUGAAUGGUGCUCCCGUUUGCACAGUUAAUGAUGAGUGGUCUGAGCAGAAUGUUGUUCCCUCUCAUUCAAUGAUAAAAAGCCCAUUUCGUUCUUCUGUUUUGCGGGUUCCUGGGGUUCAAGUGCCCAUUGGAGAUCCACCGCCUUUUCCAGUACCCAGACUUUCAGUAGGUUCUUUGUCAGAUGCCUGGCGAGAAGAACUGAAGGAACUGGCCGCUCGAGUGAGAGCUGCCUCUUCUAUUGAGGUGGAGAAAAAGGAGACAACAGAGACGUCUGGGAGGGAGACAAAAUAUUCGGAAGAAACAGGGCAUCUUGUUCCACCUCCCUCCCGAGCCACAACUCGCCAUUCCUCCCGCCGCCUGCAUAAGAACAACGCCAAGAACAAUGGCAAAGGUGUUACCACAUUCUUCCAAGACCAAGAACUGAUAAUUUUGGAACUGCUCUGUCAGAUCCUGCAGACAGACUCCUUGACAGCUAUUCAGCAGUGGCUUCUCACAUCCAGCCAGAGGGACAAAGACCUUGUGAUGGGGCUGUUGCAGAUUGCCACGGCCCACCUUCAUCUGGAGACUCGGGACCUGACCACAAGCGUGGAAGAGAGGCUUCCAUCACAGUUGUCCCAACACACUGCAGGCUUUGCCUCGAGAUUAUACACUCUAUACAGUCUCAGACGAAACCAUUCAAUCAGAGUAUCUGUAAUAAAUCAGAAACAGGAAGCUAUCCAAGAAGAAGAGAAGCCAGUGCACAUCGGCACUGCAGAAGUUCUUCAGCUCCACUCAAAUGAAAAGCAAAAUCAAUCAGAUCGGACCAAUUAGAAAGAUGUUCUUCCAGAUGUUACAGUGCUUGAUGUUCCAGCUGCACCUCCUGGUACUAACCCAGUGGCAACACUGGUAGUAAAAAAAGGGUGGCCUUAGGAACUAGAUUUCAAUCUCUCAGAGUCAACAUCUGGUGUCAAAGGAAUGAUAAUAUUCAAAUGAAUAAUAUUUCAAGAUAGGCUUUAAUGAGUCUCUGUACAAUUAACAGGAUGCUUCCGGACAGAUAGCUCCUUGCACUAUCAAAAGUAAGGACAAGACACCCUGUCUGUCUUGCUUUCUCCCAUAUUUGAAUGUAUUUAACUUCAGGAUCCUGAAUACAUGAUUUAUGAAUAUUGCUGGAUUCUUCAAUGAACAGCAACGAAAUUCUCUCCCAGCCACAAUGGCCAAAUUCAAUAGAUCCUGCAAUUUUAAACAUUGAGACAACCAUGCUGUACGCAUCUGCAACUUUGUUAUUAAUACUGAGGACUGUCUCAGAAAAAGGAAGCUGUAAUUUAAUAUUAACAUGACUGAAUAUGGAGACCAAACCCCAGAUCAUUAUGAGUUCAGCACUCCCAAUCUUCUGGUUAGAGUGGACAUAUCAGCUAGUUUUGAUUCUUCCAUAUUCACUAUGUUUAAAUCCCAAGUUCUUUUCACUCUUAACAUGACAACAUUUGUGAAUGUUGCUAAAUUUUAAUUAAAAACAGAUUGAAAUGAAAUUCUCAUCUAUCCCUAAAGGUAUUGUAUAGCUAUUCCAUCUGGGAGGAUGGGAAAAGUAGAAGCUGGUAUUGUAUGGCUUCCCCACUAAAACUGAAGCAAAGUGAUUGUUAGAAAACUUAUCUAUAGACAUUUUGAGAUUGUUAAGAACAGUUAUACUAUGGAGCUUUGCAUGAAAGACAACAAAAAUGUCUUGUACAUGAGGUAUAGUAGAAGUAAUUUUGAUGACAUAGUCCCCAUCAGGGGAUGAUUCAGAUCUAAUCAUCAUCAUCACCAUCAUCCUAGAACUGCAGAGCUGGAAGGGAUCCAAUGGAUCAUUG